UCCUCCCAGCGAGACCAAACCAAAAAGAAAGGGACAAUAAAGGCAAUCGAUCGGCCGCCGUCGCCCUUUGGACGCAUGGCCACAACGAGCGAACCGCUGCUCUCCAAGAGCUCUCGUCCAGAUGAACGGAAAGAAGGGCAUGGCAGAGCGAUCGCCGGCCAUCCGUCAAUGGUCUUCGUGGCAGAGAUCGGCGAUCUCGGGGACAUCGGCUCCAUAAGCGGACCCAGAGAUUUCUGGAAGGAGUUCGUAGUGGAGUCCAAGAAGCUAUGGUACCUCGCCGGCCCCGCCAUCUUCACCUCCUUAUGCCAGUACUCCUUGGGAGCCAUCACCCAGAUGUUCGCCGGCCAUGUCGGCACGCUCGAGCUCGCUGCCGUCUCCGUCGAGAACUCCGUCAUCGGUGGCUUCUCCUUCGGUGUCAUGUUGGGGAUGGGGAGUGCUCUGGAGACGCUGUGCGGGCAGGCGUACGGGGCGGGGCAGUUGGACAUGAUGGGGGUGUACAUGCAGAGAUCGUGGGUGAUCCUGAACACGACGGCGCUGCUGCUAAGCCUGCUCUACGUGUUCGCGAGGGCGCUGCUGCGGCUUAUCGGGCAGACGGAGGAGAUCGCGGCCGCGGCGGGAACGUUCUCGGUGUGGAUGAUCCCGCAGCUGUUCGCCUACGCGAUGAACUUCCCCAUCGCCAAGUUCCUGCAGGCACAGAGCAGGAUGAUGGCGAUGGCGGUGGUGUCGACGGUGGCGCUGCUGCUGCACACGUUGUUCAGCUGGCUGUUGAUGCUGAGGCUGGAGUGGGGGCUGGUCGGGGCGGCGGUCGUUCUCAACGCCUCCUGGUGGUUCAUCGUGCUGGGCCAGCUCGCUUACAUCUUCGGCGGGGCCUGCGGCCGGGCCUGGUCGGGCUUCUCCUUGAAGGCCUUCGUCAACCUGUGGGGAUUCGUCAGGCUCUCUCUUGCCUCGGCCGUGAUGCUCUGCUUGGAGGUUUGGUAUUUUAUGGCAUUAAUUCUUUUUGCUGGUUAUCUCCAAAAUCCUGAGAUUUCAGUUGAUGCUUUGUCAAUAUGCAUGACUAUUCUUGGAUGGACUGUUAUGGUUGCUAUGGGAGCUAAUGCAGCAAUAAGUGUUAGGGUGUCUAAUGAACUUGGAGCAGGUCAUCCAAGGACAGCAAAGUUUUCUGUUGUUGUUGUUGUUAUAACUUCAUUCUUCAUAGGCAUUUUUCUUUCUUUUAUCUUGAUAAUUACAAGGAAGCAAUAUCCAUCCGCAUUUACAAAUAGUAAUGAUGUGAAAAGGGUUGUUUAUGCUCUCACUCCAUUGCUUGCAAUAUCGAUUGUAAUCAAUAAUAUUCAACCUGUUCUUUCAGGUGUGGCCAUUGGAGCAGGGUGGCAAGCAUUGGUCGCAUAUGUGAACAUUGCUUGCUACUACAUAUUUGGCAUUCCUCUAGGCCUUAUAAUGGGUUAUAAGCUUGACAUGGGUGUUCAGGGAAUUUGGUGUGGAAUGUUAUCAGGCACUAUCGUACAAACACUAAUUCUAUUCUGGAUGACAUAUCGGACAAAUUGGAAUAAAGAGGCUUCAAUAGCUGAGGAAAGGAUAAGAAGAUUGGGUGGAGAACUAGAAGAAGAGGCAAUGCUCUAGAGAGCUAUAUGUAUCAUCAAAAAUGAUAUUGCAUCUCAAGCUUCAAUAGAUGAGGAAAGGAUAAGAAAAGGGGAUAGAGAACCAAAAGAGGAUGCAACGAGAGGUUAAACAAAGGGCAAAUAAAGCACAUGAUGAAAGAAUAAUGCCCUACAAGCCAAUCGUAUGUGCGAUGCAAUGAGAUAUUUUUUUAUAUUUUAUCUUUCAAACUCAUGUAUUUGAUAUUAAUUAUUAAUAAAAUUAGAUAUUUU